CUGUGUUUAUUUUCUUCAGUGGUAGAGCCUAGGUAACGAGUGAUCUUGCAGGAACGUCAGGAUGAGGCUGAGUCACCAUGAUGAUGUUGGUGCUUGUGAUGUUGAUGCUAAAUUCCACACUGGACAAGCCAGAGGGUGGAAUAAGAAUACAGUGCAGUGCAUCAAACAGAAGGUGGAGUGCACCAGGACUUCUCGCAAAUGUACUAAGUUCAUUUUAGGCAUGUGCAUAGUUUUGAUGCUGCUCUUGACGUCUGUGAGUGCCGUCUCAGGCAAGAAAGAUGACGUUAUUCAGGAUGUGACAGCCAAGCAGUUGGAUGACAUGCUGGAAGAGAGUGAUUACGUUGCCGUCUAUUGGUACAAGCGGAGUUGCCCGAUCUGCGACAAGGUGCUGGCCGAGCUCGAGGACAUCGAUGACGACACAGCGCGCUUCGGCGUCCAUCUCGUCAAGAUCGCAGACAAGAAACUUGCCCGCAGCCACGGCGUCAAGAACUUCCCCGCCCUCACCUACUUCAGGAACUCUGAGCCCAUCCACUACGAAGGAGACUUGAUGGACGAAGGCAGCGUUCUAGAGUUCCUGACGAGCCUCGAGGCCAUGGAACUGCCCGACCAGAUCGAGGAGGUCAACGCCAAGAUCCUCGACAAGGUAGUCGAGGAGCAGGAGUAUGUCGCCGUCCUCUUCUACAAGAGCGACUGCCGCAAGUGUGUGAAGGUGUUGGCGGAACUCGAGAACAUCGACGACGACGCCGACCAGCUCGGUAUCGCCUUCGUCAAGCUCAACGAUCCCGACCUCGCUGACGAGUACUCGCUCGGCACACUCCCCGCCCUCGUCUACUACAGACGAAGGAUCCCUGUCGUCUUCGACGGGGACCUGAUGAACGAAGACAAGGUGCUGGAGUGGCUGCUGGAGAGCAAGAGCACCGGGGACGAUGACGAGGUCAUAGAGGAGGUCACCGUAGGGCUGCUCAACAGCCUCAUCGACAGCAUGGACUCCCUUGCUGUCGUCUUCUACGACCGAAACGAGGUGGACGACAAGGAGAUCUUGGCUGAGUUGGAGAACGUGGAUGACGAGCUCAACAAAGAAGGCAUCCACGUCGUCAAGAUUUGUGACGAAUCUGCGGCCAAGGAGUACGGCAUCGAGGAGACGCCGGCACUCGUCUACUUCGAACACGAGAUCCCGUCCCUGUACGACGGUGACCUGCGUAAGGAGGAGGAGGUGCUGGCGUGGCUCGUCGAGCAGCUUCACACCGACGAGAUCGAGGACGUCACUGACGAGAUGCUCGACAAACUCAUCCGCGAGAGCGCCCACCUCGCCGUGCUCUUCUACGACGAAGACGAAGCAGAGUCGGACUUGGUUCUCUCCGAGCUGGAGAACAUCGACGACGAGUGCGACGCGCACGGCAUCACCUUCGUCAAAAUCGACGACGACCAAGAAGCUCAGGAGUACGGCCUUGACAACGUCCCUGCGCUCGUCUACUUCGAGAAGGGCGUGCCGUCUGUGUACGUUGGGAGCCUGCUGAAGGAGGACGAGUUGCUCGCUUGGCUCGUCCACCAAAUAUCCAACGACGAGAUCGAGGACGUCACCGACCAGAUGCUUGACAAGCUCAUCGUCCAGGCCGAGCAUCUCGCCGUCCUUUUCUACGACCGCGAGCAGCGCAAGAGCAAGAAGGUGCUGGCUGAGCUGGAGUCCAUCGACGACGAGUGUGACGCCAAAGGCAUCAUGUUCGUGAAAAUUAAUGACCCUGACGAGGCCAAGGAGUACGGACUCGAUGUCAUCCCUGCCCUCGUCUACUUCGAGAGUGAAAUUCCAUACAUAUAUGAAGGUGACCUCAUGAAGGAGGAGGAGGUCCUGAAGUGGCUCUUCCACCACGUCGAGGAGGAGGAGAUCGCCGAGGUCACCGACGAGAUGCUCGACAAGCUCAUCGCCAGUGAGCCCUACCUCGCCGUGCUCUUCUACGAUCGGUCUGACGACGAAGACCACGAGAUCCUCGAGGAGCUGGAGAACAUCGACGAUGACUGCGAGCAGGCGGGUGUGCCCUUCGUCAAGAUGGCCGACGCCAAGGAAGCCAAGGAAUAUGGCAUCGACGAGCUCCCCGCCCUGGUCUACUUCGAGAACAGGAUUCCCAGCAUCUUUGAGGGCGAGCUCUCAGACGAGCAGGCGGUGCUCAUGUGGCUGCUGAAGCAGAGAUCAACGGACACCAUCGAGGAGGUCACGGACGAGAUACUCGAUGACCUCAUCGCUAAUUUUGAAUACGUUGUCGUUUACUUCAGCGGGGAGUGUGACGAAGGCCAGCGCUGCGACAACAUCCUCGACGAGCUCGAGAAGAUCGACGAUGAGACCGACGACCACGGCAUGCACUUCGUCACCACAGAGGACGUGGACCUGGCGCAGCAGUACGGCAUCACGGAGUUCCCCGCCCUCGUCCUCUUCAGGAACGGAGAGGCGCUCGUAUACAAAGGGAACCUGAAGGACGAGCAGAAGGUCCUAGGUUGGCUCACCGACGAAGACACGCUCGAGAUCCCCAACAAAAUCGAGGAGGUCAACGAACGCAUGCUGGAGCGCCUGCUCAACGUCUCCUCGAACCUCGUGGUCUUCUUCUAUGAUGAUGCUGAUAAAUACAGUCGCAAGAUCUUGGUAGAGUUGGAGAACAUAGACGAUGAGUGCGAUGACGUGGGCAUAGACUUCGUCAAGAUCAGCGACGAAGGUGCAGCUGGACGCCACGACCUCAAAGACCUGCCGGUGCUUGUUUUCUACAGCAACAGGUUCCCCCAGAUUUACGAAGGCGACCUGCUGAACGAGGAGGCGCUGCUGGAGUGGCUCUUGGACAGCAAGGACCGCGGGCCUUCCUCCGUCAUCGAGGAGGUGGACGGGGCAAUGCUGCAGAGCCUCACGGAGAACUUCGAAUAUCUUGUAGUUUACUUCUACGAUGACAACUGCCCGACGUGCGAGACGGUCUUGGCGGAGCUGGAGACGAUAGAUGACGAGACCGACGAAGCAGGCAUUCAGUUCGUGAAGACCGGAGAUGUGAAGGCGGCCCAGCAGCUGGGCAUCACACACCUGCCCGCUCUCGUGUACUUCGAGGCAGGCGUGCCCUCCAUCUAUGAUGGAGACAUCACGGCUGAGGAGAACGUGCUGGCGUGGCUCAUCCAACAGAAGCAUGAAGACACCAUCGAGAACAUCAACAGGCAGCUGCUCUACUCCCUCAUCGACUCUCAAGACUACCUCGCCGUUUACUUUUUUAACGACGAGAACGAAGAAUGCGCCAAGGUACUCAAGACGCUGGAAAAGAUCGACGACGAUGCCUCUGACUUCGGCGUGCAUCUCGUCAAGAUGAACGAUCGCCUCAUGGCCAAGAAAUAUGGCUUCCGGAACCCCCCUGGCUUGGUCUACUUCAGGAAGGGCAAGCACAUCAAGUACGAAGGGGACCUAUACGACGAGGAAGACGUGCUUGAUUGGCUUACGGCGCCAGAGAACAUGGAGCUCAAUGACGCCAUCGAAAAGGUCAACCGUAAAAUGUUCGAGAGGAUAAAGGAUGCCAAGGAAUAUCUGGCCGUCUUCUUUUACACAGAAGUGGGCUGCAAGCAGUGCCAGAAAGUUCUGGCAGAACUCGAGAACAUCGACGAUGAAGCUGACGCAAACGGCAUCGACUUCGUCAAGCUGGACGACUUCCAGGCGAGUUCAGUGGGACGAAGAAGUAACACGUCACAGUUGGCGCGGGAGGUUGGCGUGUACGCUCUGCCAGCCAUCGUUUUCUACAGAGCUGGGGCUGACCAGCCUGUCAUCUACGCCGGGGGAGACUUGAGGAACGAAGAAGCGCUCCUCAAUUGGCUGUUAACUGAGAAGAAUCCCGCAGCGGACUUCAUUGAAGAUCUCGACGGAGAUACUCUACUCAGAGUCAUAAAAGACUCCGACGCCAUUGCCGUGUAUUUCUAUUCCGAAGACGCAAAGGCGUGCGUAAACUGCACGGCGGUGCUGGCUAAGCUGGAAAACAUCGAUGACGACACGGACAGGCUGGGCGUAAAAUUCGUCAAGACACAAGAGCAGGCCAUGGCCGAGCGCUACGGCGUGGGCGCCCUGCCAGCGCUGCUAUACUUUGAGCAUCAGAUCCCCACUGUCUUUGACGGCGACCUGAUGGCGGAAGAGGAGGUCCUGCAGUGGCUGAUCCUGCAGAAGACGGAAGACAGAAUAGAGACCGUCAACCGCAACAUGCUGGAGGUCAUGCUCAGUGACACGCAGUACCUCGCGGUCUUCUUCUACAAGCCGGCGUGCAAGGCGUGUGACUUGGUGCUGAGCGAGCUGGAGAACAUAGACGACGAGUGCGACAAUUAUGGCAUCCACAUGGUCAAGAUCCAGGACCCUCAGCUGGCCAAGCGCUAUGGCAUCAAGACGCUUCCUGCACUCAUCUACUUCCGCAACGGCAACCCUCUAAUUUUCGAGGGUGAUAUCUCAAUAGAAUCAAGCGUGUACGAGUGGCUCAUAGACGAAGACAACAGAGAGCUAUUCGGCAAAGUCGAGAGCGUCAACCGCAACAUGCUUCUGAAAAUGCUAGACUCUAAUCCUUUCGUAGCGGUCGUGUUCACCAACGACGACGACUGCGUGGACUGUGAACAAGUCCUGCGUGAGCUCGAGAACAUCGACGAGCAGGUCGACCAGUUCGGCAUCGACUUCGUGAAAAUUAACGAUCCUGAGGCGGCGCAGCGCUUUAACGUCCUCCACACUCCCGCCCUCGUCUACUUCAGGAAAAAAAUUCCUCUAGUCUACGACGGAGACCUGCUGGACGAGGACAAAGUGUGCGCCUGGCUCACGUCUCAAGAAGCUUUCGAAAUUAAAGAUGAGAUUGAAGAAGUCAACCGCAAGAUGCUGGAGAAAUUGCUCGGGGAGAACGAUUUUGUUGCUGUCUAUUUUUAUCAGAACGAUUGCUUCCGGUGCGAUGAGGUGCUGGCGCAGCUCGAGAACAUCGACGACGAUGCGGACUCCCUGGACAUCACCUUCGUCAAGAUCCGCGACACAAGAUACGCUAAGAAGUACGGGCUCACCAAACUGCCUGCGCUCGCAUACUUCCGUAAACGCUUCCCCAGCAUAUACAGAGGUGACCUGAUGGCAGAACAAGAGGUGCUCGAGUGGCUGCAGAAGAAUCGGUUCCGACAUCCUGAACUGAACUUGUUCAUGUACGCCACGGUGGCUAUCACCAUCAUGUUCAUCAUGUACACCCUCUUCCUCAUGUUCUGCUUCAGACCAUCUCACGCCAAGACUGCAUGACGACUUUUUUUCUCGCCUUUAGAGUUGCUUCUGUGCAGUUUCGUAUCGUUUAUAUUCCCAAGUACGGACAUUAGGUUUAGGAAAAAUUACUAAAUACUAGGUUUCACACAUGUGGAUAUUCGACACAAUAAAAUAAUCAUUAAAAUUACACCAUAUGCUUCUGUACAGUGAAUAGAUAUUAUCAGUCAGAUUGAGCAAAAUUAGAACAGUGUUUAUAUUUUAAAAAUUUUUUAUCUUCUUUUCUCUUAAAAUCCGAUUACGGUCCUCUGCUGCUAUGAAUUAUUCACCCUGCUAUGAAUUGGAAAAAACAUAGGUGCACGAGACAAAUGACUACAUGACUACAUUUAUCUUCAGUCCUACUUAUCAAAUUAGAGAUAGUAUUUAUCUAUGAAAUACUAAACGUGCGCUUGUAAUUCAUCAAGCCGUAAAAACUUGCGGCUUCAUAUCAAUGAUUUUCUCGCCCAUCAUAGAAGUUACGUCUGGCUGGUUGAGUUUCUUUCGCUCACCAUUUAAUUUGAUAAAUUUCCUAUCGUCCAAAUUAUUAUUAGACGAUAAAACUGAUGUUCAAGUGGUUGCAGAUGAUGCUCAGCAAAGAAAUAUUUCUUUACUUUUGAUCACUCGAUUAUUAUCUGCCGUUCGUCUAUCGUUGUGGGUUUCUCGCAUAACUUUCUUCGCUUCCCUGAAUGCAGCUGUAUUUAUACAAAAUACCUACGACUUCCAUCAAUUGAGCUGACGUCCUACCUGUGGCCGGAUGAAACUACGAGCAGCUACGGUCACUGCCUCGGCCUAGAAUUAUGUUAACUAUGUUUAAUUACGACCCUUCUGAGCGAAUUAUCACCAAAAACCCACCACCUCCAUUUGCGAUAGUUUCUUUUCUGUACUGUGUAGACAUUAAGACUCAUGCUCAUGACUAUAGACAUGUAACAACAUUUGUAUCGAGAUGUAGC